GUGUCGGCGGGGGCCGCGGAGCUUGAGGCGGCGCAGCCAUGGAGAGCGGGGGGCGGCCGUCGCUGGGCCAGUUCCUCCUGCUGGGGACCAGCUCGGUGGUGACCGCCGUGCUGUACUCCGUGUACCGCCAGAAGGCCCAGGUCGCCCAGGAGCUCAAGGGAGCUAAAAAAAUCCACUUGGGUGAAGACUUAAAGAGUAUUCUCUCAGAAGCUCCAGGAAAAUGCGUGCCUUACGCUGUGAUUGAAGGCGCUGUUCGAUCUGUUAAAGAAACUCUUAACAGCCAGUUCGUGGAGAAUUGCAAGGGGGUGAUUCAGCGGCUGACGCUCCAGGAGCACAAGAUGGUGUGGAACCGCACGACCCACCUGUGGAAUGACUGUUCAAAAAUCAUUCACCAGAGGACCAACACCGUGCCCUUUGACCUGGUGCCGCACGAGGAUGGUGUGGCCGUGGCCGUGCGCGUGCUCAAGCCACUGGACUCGCUCGAUCUGGGCCUUGAGACGGUGUACGAGAAGUUCCACCCCUCGAUCCAGUCCUUCACCGAUGUCAUCGGCCACUACAUCAGCGGCGAGCGGCCCAAAGGCAUCCAGGAGACCGAGGAGAUGCUAAAGGUGGGGGCCACCCUCACAGGGGUGGGUGAGCUGGUCCUGGACAACAACUCGGUCCGCCUGCAGCCCCCAAAGCAGGGCAUGCAGUACUACCUAAGCAGCCAGGACUUUGACAGCCUGUUGCAGAGGCAGGAGUCGAGCGUCAGACUCUGGAAGGUCCUGACACUGGUGUUUGGCUUUGCCACCUGUGCCACUCUCUUCUUUAUCCUCCGAAAGCAGUACCUGCAGCGGCAAGAGCGUCUGCGCCUCAAGCAGUUGGAAGAGGAGUUCCGGGAGCACGAGGCCCAGCUCCUGAGCCAAGCCAAGCCUGAGGACAGGGAGACCCUGAAGAAUGCCUGUGUGGUGUGCCUGAGCAGCUUCAGGUCCUGCGUCUUCCUGGAGUGUGGGCAUAUCUGCUCCUGCACGGAGUGCUACCGUGCCCUGCCUGAGCCCAAGAGGUGCCCCAUCUGCAGGCAGGAUAUCACCAGGGUGGUCCCCUUGUACAAUAGCUAACGGCUUCGGAGCCCAGUCAGACAUGGCGGGAUACCCCGCUCCCUUCAGGGAUUGUUGUCUGGGGCCUUCAGAAGAGCUGUUGUGAGGCAGCUGUUAUCUUCAGGGUGAUUGGAGGAGGGAAGUCGGGGCCUCUCCAGACCUUAUAUCUUCAACAAGAGGGUGUUGCCUUUCCACCCUGGGGGGGCAGUUUUCAGCCCAGAGUGUGGGAUUGAAGCCCCCCUAGAAUGGGUGUGGGGGCAUGGCAUUCCUCCCCAGGAGCCAGAGAAGUGGGUAUGUGACCGAAAACCUCUCAUCUCUUACGUGCCAGAGCCGGUGACCUUCAGCUCUACUACUUCUGUGUCUUCUGGUUCUUUCUGAUGAACUGUUGGUUCCUGUGGACUUGAGCUUGAAUGACUCAGCCAGCAGGGAGGCGAAGUUGCCUUGCAGAGCCACCAUGGAGGAGGGUUCUGUCAUAGUCUUUUGCUUACACCUUAUGGAAAAAUUGUUAGGCUGACCGUGUCACUUGUGUCCCUUUCCCCUCGCCUGCUGGCAGCCUCAGUGUGUGCCAUGUAGGUGAGGACAAAAGAAAGGGAAAUCCAGCCUUCUUCCCCCUGAACAGGUGGGACCCCAGAAGGGACAGCGGCCCCUCGAAGGGCAGCUGGUGAUUCAGCGGUGAAGACAGGGCAGCUUGGCUGCAGCCACCUGGGUCUUCCCUGACCUGAAGGGCAGGCCACUGGAACACACUUCUGGCCACUGGAGCACACUUCUGGCCACUGGAGCACACUUCUGGCUGACUUGGAGCUCGCCCGUCAUGGGGAAGGGGCGGCUCUGGUUUUCCCUGCCUGACGUGAGCUGGAAAGCUGAAGGAAGCAAAAAGGACUCUGCCUCCUGCGUCCUGGCUCCCUCAGUUGCGCCAAGGCUCACCAAGGAGAUGUAACCUGCUUCAACUGAGCAGGGGCCUGGCCCAAUCACCUCCCCUCCCCCCCAAAAAAGUUAGCAUCCCAUGGGUGUAAGCAUAUUGUCCCUGUUCACCCCCUCAGAGAAGUGGGCUCCUCUCUCACCACCGCGGUGCACAGCUCUACCUUCCCUGGCUGUGAAUGAUCAUCCCCAGUCCUCCUUUGUGUGGGGGUGGCGGGGUGUUCUCUGGGGCUGAUGCCAGUUCUGUGCAGUGCCCAGUGUGAAUGGCACACAUUAAACACCUACAACCAAGUGGUCGCCUGCUGCCUCAUCAACAGCAAUUCAGUGGCGGGCUGAGGCUUCUGAGGGAGGGCUCCCGACCCCUGUGACAGUGAACUGGUGACCUGGAGGCCUGUAUGUGUCCUCAGCCUCGAGGUGGUUUGGGGCUCCCCUAGAAGGUGUGCAGCUUGGUGGUGUCUCAGGCUGUCCUGGGGAGCAGGCUGGGCUCACGCCUGGCCUGGCUCUUCUUUGAGAUGUCCCAGUAUCCUCCAAGUGAGGCAGUGAGAUUUCACCUGUGGAGAGACUGGGACAAGGGGAGGGGACGUUCAGUGAGUUACACUGCUGUGUGCUCUUUCAGUCUUCAGUUUAAGUGUGAGUUAAUCCUCACGACCCCGCUGCAGUCGCUCAUGGUGUCUCUGCUUUACAGACCGGAAGUAAGCUAAAGGGCAGGUUCCCUUGCGGGGCAUACUGCUAAUAGGUGGUGAGUCCACAUUUGAACUUCUGAUCCUCCUGCUCACCAGCAGUGGGGCUGACUAAUGCCCUCAGUGCACACAGGAGCACCCCACAAGAUGUUUCCCGGGUUAGUGCAGGAUGCUGCCUGGUGGAGGAACAGGUGGAAGUGAGGCCUCACUUGCCAGUGCUGAGUCCUGUCAUGAGCGAUGAAGACCCUAGCCGGGCGUGGUGGCGCGCGCCUGUAGUCCCAGCUACUUGGGAGGCAGAGGCAGGAGGAUCACUUGAGUCCAGGAGUUCUGGGCUGCAGUGCGCUAUGCCGAUCGGGUGUCCGCACUAAGUUCGGCAUCAAUAUGGUGACCUCCCGGGAGCGGGGGACCACCAGGUUGCCUAAGGAGGGGUGAACCGGCCCAGGUCGGAAACGGAGCAGGUCAAAACUCCCGUGCUGAUCAGUAGUGGGAUCGCGCCUGUGAAUAGCCACUGCACUCCAGCCUGGGCAACAUAGCGAGACCCUGACUCGCAAA